CCUGUCAGGCGCCGCCAUUGUUCCACCGGUAGGACCCAGGUGUGGGUCCCCGGCGCCAUGAGCAAACGCAAGGCGCCGCAGGAGAGCCUCAACGGCGGCAUCACGGACAUGCUCGUGGAACUCGCAAACUUUGAGAAGAACGUGAACCAAGCGAUCCACAAAUACAAUGCGUACAGAAAAGCGGCAUCUGUGAUAGCAAAAUACCCACACAAAAUCAAGAGUGGGGCAGAAGCUAAGAAACUGCCAGGAGUAGGAACAAAAAUUGCUGAAAAGAUUGAUGAAUUUUUAGCAACUGGAAAAUUGCGUAAACUGGAAAAGAUUCGUCAGGAUGAUACAAGUUCAUCCAUCAAUUUUCUGACUCGAGUUACCGGCAUCGGGCCAGCUGCUGCAAGGAAGUUUGUAGAUGAAGGAAUUAAGACAUUAGAAGAUCUCAGGAAAAAUGAAGAUAAGUUGAACCAUCAUCAACGAAUUGGGCUGAAAUAUUUCGAGGACUUUGAAAAGAGAAUUCCUCGUGAAGAGAUGCUACAGAUGCAGGAUAUUGUACUUAAUGAAGUUAAAAAAGUGGAUCCUGAGUACAUUGCUACAGUCUGUGGCAGCUUCAGAAGAGGCGCAGAGUCCAGUGGAGACAUGGAUGUUCUGCUGACCCACCCCAGCUUCACGUCAGAAUCAAGCAAACAGCCAAAGUUGUUACAUCGUGUUGUGGAACAGUUACAAAAAGUCAAUUUCAUUACAGAUACUCUGUCAAAGGGUGAAACAAAGUUCAUGGGUGUUUGCCAGCUUCCCAGUGAGAAUGAGGAAAAGGAAUAUCCACACAGGAGAAUCGAUAUCAGGUUGAUCCCUAAAGAUCAGUACUACUGUGGUGUUCUCUACUUCACUGGGAGUGACAUCUUUAAUAAGAAUAUGAGAGCGCAUGCCCUGGAAAAGGGCUUCACAAUCAAUGAGUACACCAUCCGCCCCCUGGGGGUCACUGGAGUUGCUGGGGAGCCCCUUCCUGUGGACAGUGAGCGGGACAUUUUUGAUUACAUCCAGUGGCGCUACCGGGAGCCCAAGGACAGAAGUGAAUGAUGCCCUCUCUCCACCCCAGCCACAUCCCACUAGGAGUCCUAAUUUAUUUCUUAACCUUUGCUAUGUAAGGGUUUUUGGUGUUUUUAAGUAAUUGCAUCUUCUCUGUGCCUACCAUGUAAUGGUCAAUAAACCUCUUGAGCUAUUAUUAUUGAA